AUGCCGGCCUUAUUUGUUAAGCUAACAAUUAGCAUUAUGAGUCAUUACAAAUAUGUAUAAAUAAAACAGCUUGCAUGUAUGCACAUGUGCGCACCACUUGGACGGCAGACAACGAACGGAGCCAGUGUUCCAGUCAGUUAAACAGCCAUUCAAAGUAUACAAAUUUCACGAGUGGCAUAGACAAAAGCUCCCGGAAGAGAACAGCGGUAAAGGGAACAGUUAUCAUUGAUUCUUUGGUCAGUAACAAUGUGCUGUGCUUGUUUCCAUGGCAACGCCCCGUGUUUGAGUUUGAAUUUGGAGAGCAUAAAGCAAAUCAGCAUGCAUCAGCGGUUGAUGUACAUGUACAUACAGUGGUUAUCAGUUGCUGGAUAGCCGUUUCCAAGUGUCGUCAGAGAACAAUUUUGGCUCGGUGCAAUCGGAGAUCAAAUGUACAAGUAUUCAGCAAAUGCCAAUCACUUUUGCCAGUGCUUAAGCAGCUCCGACUGAAAACUGAAAACAGAUCUCUACUUAGUUAUGGUGGGAUUGUUUUAGACAGACAAGAUGCACGUAAUGUUUACUUUGACCGGCAAAGCCGCGACGAAAAUUGUAUUGUUUUGCUUCCUGAUCUCGAUCGUGUCUAUACUAUUUGCGCUGUGCGUCUCUCUGCCAUUAAAACAGAGCAGCUCGGCAUGUAUGGCCAUCGAAACCUGUGAUCCAUUUAAGCCCAUCUGUGCAACGUCCAUAAACGAACAUCAGUUUUUCUACAGCCAGUGCGAAAUGGUACGGGAUAUCUGUCUAACCGGUAAGGAUUGGAAAUCCGAUUACUUAAGCCACUGCAAUGUCAGCAAGCUUUAGCAGGACAUUUACAUAGGAUA